AAGUCGUGCUGUCAAAAUAUGUGUUUACCUUUAUGUUGCUGGUGCGUUCAGCAUACAAAAUUAAACCUUUUUGUACCCUGUAAAUCUGUGAAAUUAGCUUUUUAAAUUUAAAUCUGCCGUGCAGAAAGCUUUACCUGUUUGUGUUAAAAGUGAUUGGAAGUGGUCCAAAUACUGUCCGGACGCCGAUUUUGCAAAUUGAUCGUUCAGUUAUCCAAGUUUAAGGUAAGACAAUCCAGCAAAACCAACCCACCAUGUCCCGCUGUAUCGUCCCCCACUGCCGCAACCUGCUCCAGGAGUGGAUCGCUCCUUUUCCGGCGGACCAACUGCUUCAAACCCGCUGGAAGCACUGCAUCGAAAUGGGCACCAGCGAGCUCCUGCCCGAGGUGGACGUGCUCGGUCCCGCGGCCGUCGUUUGCAACAUGCAUUUUCUGGGCUUCGAUCCGGACGAGGACAAAGUUUCCACCCGGUACCGCCAGCCAACGCUGUUUUUCCGCGACGAUCUGGUGCUGGAGAUUGAGAGUUGCUGUUUGUGCGCGCAAGUUAGAAUUAAGGAGGAAAUGCUGGACAAGGAUUCGCCGCUGACGCAGGAGUGCACGAUCGAGGAGGUGGUGAAGGAGUUGUUUGGUGAGUCGUACUUUGACGAAGAGAAGGGAGGUGAAUACGUGUGUGAGAUGUGUACGGCCAAGGUGGAUGUUCUGCUGACUGUGCACAAGCACUUUGAGGCGGGCCAGCUGAUGCUGAAGACGCUGCGCUACAAGCAGACGUUGGAGGGCGUUCGGUUUGAGAAGAACGGAGGGCAUGCGAUUGAGCUGCCGAGUGAGCUGGCGGCCAUGUUGGGACCGCUGGAGGAAGAUUCGGCUGGGGGGAAGCCUGUGAAGGGUAGCAAACGGAAGAAAAAGGCGCAGGUUGAUGUUGAAGAUCUUCACGUUACGUUGAAUCCGCUGGAGACAGUGAUUAAAGUUGAAGAAGCAACGCUGCAGCUUGCCCCAGAACAGCUGCAAUCAAUGUCUUCUUCUGAAAGUGUUGCGAAAGAAAAGUCGAAAGGUAAACCAACGGUAAUGAUGCCGUUGGAGAGUACCGACCCGAGUACCGGCCAAGUGAUGGUUGAGUACAUCGAAAAGACGCGGGCGGAACUCGCCGAAGAGGUCAAGCGGUACUGCUAUCUGUGCAAUACGCUGUUCAGUACGCCCAACAUCUUGCUAGCGCACCUGGUGAUGACCCACAAGAACCCGGCAACGCUGCGCUGCAAGGUGUGUAAACUACAGUUCGAGAAAUCUGUCACUUGUAACAGUCAUUUGCGGUUCCAUGACACGCUGAGGAGGCCGGUCCAGUGUGAAUACUGCCCGUUGAGGUUCACAAACACGGGCAUGAGGUGGUUUCACAACACUAAAGUUCAUCCAGAUAAGGUACUUUUGACAAGACCACCCACCACGGAAUCCAUCACUCGACAAACUAUUGUUAAAAUUGUACCAAUCACACAAAAUGUGGUCGAGCCCAAGCUUCAGAUCGUGCCAGCACAGCAGGUCAAACUGAAAGCAGUCCCGCCUCUAGCCCCUAUCGUGGUUGAACCAACAGUGCUAGUGAGUCAACCGAAAAUCACGCCGAAUAUACCAUCAGUAUCAGAUUAUUCCUGCAAGACGUGCUUCAAAUCGUUUCAAUCUCUGGACAUCCUCAAAACCCACAUGAAAUCUCACCGCAGUGCACGACCUCCUGCGCUUAAGGACUCUUCUCCAGACGAGACAACGGACGACAACAUGAUCAGCAUCCCCACGUUCCAUCCUGUUUCAAAUGCUCAGCCAGUCGUAAAACAGCCACUUCAAGCCCCAACCGUAACCAGCGAUCUCUCCGAAGGAAAAAUCAACGGCGUUGGCAUUGUCAAACUGCUCGGCCAGCUCGAUCUACCCCCGCUGAUCCCAUUCGCCACCAAACACCACAGCGAACAACACCCGUACAGCUGUAAAACCUGCUUCAAGGCAUUCGAAACGCUUGCAUCCGUCAAAACUCACCUCCAAACCCACCGGAAAUCCCCGCCCACCAGCGACCCCCCAAAGCGAAAGCGAAUCUUCCGCACCCGCAAGUCCAAACCCCACCCCAGUGGAACCUUCACCUGCAGCAUUUGCUCCCAGGAACUCCCCUCCCCGACCUCGCUCGUAAAACACUUCACCAGCGCCCAUCCCCAGCUAACCCUCGAUCACUUCCGGUGCCGCUACUGCGCCGACAUCUUCUUCUCGCGCGAAGCUCUCUGCGACCACGCGGCCACCCACCGCGGCAAGUACGAGUGCGGCCGUUGCGCGCUCGAGUUCAUCAACCACCGCCGCUUCGGAAAACAUCGCCAAGUCGCGCACAAAGCACCCUCAAAGGCCCUGCUACGCGACUGUCAGUACUGCGGAAAGUCGUUCAGCCGUGGGAUGGCCCUGGCGCGGCACGUCAAGACGCACUUUGCCGGCCAGUGGACGUGCGACAUCUGCGAGGAGCAGUUUGGCGAGCGGUACAAGCUGGUGCUGCACAUGCGCCAGCACAGCGGAAAUAACCCGCUGGUUUGCUACAACUGCAACGAGCACUUUGGCGAUCCGGAUAUGCUGGACCGGCAUGAGCGGGAGUGCGCGCAGUAUACCAUGGAAACCUCGCCACCUAUCAGGACUGGAAAACCAAAUCUUUUUGGUAACACAGAGAUUUGAUCGCUGCUUAUCGGAUUCUUUCGGUCCUCGACGGGAGAUUGAAGGACGAGGUUCGGAUUGGAGCUGUCGGAGGUGGAGCAGGUGGAGCAUGAAGAUGAAGUUUUUGUUUUUAAUGAAUUGUAAUUUGCAUUUAUUGUAAUGAAAUACAUUUUUUGUAAACGAAA